AUGUCACUCCUCGAAGAGCCCCAGCAAGAUAUUUGGGAUCUUCAAGCGCACAAGAUCACCAUCCCCGCCCAUGCCGGUCCUAGUCAGUUCGCUUCUUCGUCCUCCCAAGCAUCACAACCACAGUCACACAAAGGCGGCUUCUUCUACAUACCCAAUCUCAUCACUGAGGAUGAGGAACGCUUCUUGACCGAAGCUCUUCUCUCAGCUCCCAAGCCAAAAUGGAAAGUGCUCCAAAACAGACGCUUGCAGGAAUGGGGCGGACAGAUGCAUGCUAAGAACAACACCUUGAUGCCGCAAGAAAUGCCCGAUUUUUUCACCAGCUACCCGGAUCUCAUCACAAGACUUCGCAAGACGGGUGCUUUCGAAGGCUCCAAGCAUGGCGAGCCGAACCAUUGCCUUGUGAACGAGUACCUUCCUGGUCAGGGCAUCAUGCCUCAUGAGGAUGGUCCGGCGUACUUUCCUGCAGUAGCUACGAUCAGCCUAGGCUCACAUGCGCUGCUUGAUAUCUACCGAUACGUAGAUGAAGAUUUGCAAAAGGACUUUGAUGAGAGAAUGGAAGAGCAUGACAAGGAGGUCAAGAGGAUCGGUACAGCCGAGGACGCGAGUGCAGGGGAUUCGGACAAGUCGAGAAUCGUACCGAAAGAGAGGAUCGAAGGCAACGUCAAGAUCGUGCGAGGUGCUAGAGCAAGGGAGCCCAACCCCAUUUUUUCGAUAUUGCAGGAGCCUCGAUCGCUGCUCAUCACAACAGGCCAGGUUUACAAGUCUUACUUGCAUGGCAUUGCCGAACGGAAGCUUGACACGGACGAGCACUUGUCCAAGGUUGCGAACGAGCAUCUGCUCGCCAAUGCUCCGCUGCGAGCUGCGGUAGAGAAGGCCAAAUCGAAAGAUAGAGAAGAAGGGGCUGCCAAGGGAGAGAAAAACGGAGAAACAGCUGGGCUAGCAAGAGACACAAGACUCAGUCUGACAUUCAGAGACGUCGAGAAAGUGAGCAAAGGAGUCGCUGCCAUGAUGGCUUUCUUGCAAGGCGGAAAGCGAUAG